AUGAGACUCUGGCCGCAGCAACACCGCCGCCAGCUGCACUGCCGUGCAGGGCAGUCACCACCAAAUGGUGGUCGGCUUUUGCUCGCGGGCAGCUUCGACCCGAACACGCCAACUCGAGACUGCCAGACGCCGCUCCACCUCGUUGCUUUCACGGGGCACAAGGGCUGCGUCGACCCGAACUUGCCGACCCGAGACGGCCGGACGCCGCUGCACCUAGCUGCUGUCGCGGGGCAGAAAGCGCCGGUGUUGAGCUUGCUAGAGCACGGUACCACCAUCGACGCACGGGACGCAACGGAUGAGUCGCCACGUGUCGAGGCCUCUUGCAGAGGCAGGCAAGCUAUCGUGGAGACCCUGCUCUCCAAGGGGGCCGCCGCCAACCUCCGAGGAACCGUUCCGCUACGCUAG